CUGUUAUCUGUUAUCUAACCGGCCGGCGGCACUCCAACGGGAAGAACGAGAAGUAGGACAAACGGUCUAGAAUACAGGUACGGGUUUCGAGUUGCGUCUGUGUCGAUGCAAGUAAGCAGAAAUGUUUCGCUUUGGGAUCUUAACAGUGAGCACAACCUGCAGUCAGCAUCCAGAAAAGGACACGGCUGGACCAAAAUUGGAAGGCGAAAUAAUCACAUCAUUUCCCCAAUCUCGAGUAACCUUCAAAAAAAUAGUCGCCGACGACAAACGUCAGAUCGUCAACGCUUUGACGGAUGUUGUCAAUGAUGUUGUCAACCCGUGCGACGUUUUAUUUACAGUUGGAGGCACUGGAUUUGCUCCCAGUGACGUCACGCCGGAAGCCACAAGAGAAGUUAUUGAAAAGGAAGCUGUGGGUCUAGUGCAUGCCAUUAUUUCGAAGAGUUUGGCUGUGACAGACAUGGCAAUGCUGUCGAGACCGGUAUGCGGGAUCAGAAAAAAGACCAUUAUAGUAAAUUUUCCGGGCAGUGCCAAAGCGGCCAGCGAGUGUUUUCAUUUUGUGAAAAACGCCCUUCCUCAUGCAAUCGCCUUGCUUCGAGAAGACGACUCCAAAGUUAGGAAAACCCACGAAGAAGUUCAGAGUUCGCCAUUCGAAAAGAGCAAGGUCAAGAUUGUGGCUGGCUCAUCUAGAACUCGAACAUCUCAAUACCGGAUGUUUGAAGUUGACGAAGCAAAAGAAACAAUUUUUCAAACGCUCCAGUCCUCUGAAGACUUUGAGACAAUACCGAUUUUUAAUGCUGUAACUAGAAUUUUAGGGGAGGACAUCAAAGCACCUAUGCAUAUACCACCAUUUCCUGCAUCAAUUAAAGAUGGGUAUGCUGUAAAAGCUGCUGAUGGGGUUGGUAAUAGAGCUGUUAGGUCAGCUACAGCAGCAGGAGAUCGACCUGAAACAGCAGAUCUGCAACCAGGAGAAAUUAUAAGAAUAUCAACCGGUGCCCCCAUUCCAGCCGGUGCUGACGCUGUAGUUCAGAUUGAAGAUACUGCGCUGAUUGAAGCCAGCGAGAAUGGAGAAGACGAAAUAAUAGUGGAGAUACUGGUCGCCCCCAAAGUUGGACAAGACAUAAGGAAAGUUGGAAGCGAUAUACACGGAGGCACAGUUGUUUUAGAGAAGUAUACUCGAAUCUCAGCCGCUACAGUUGGUGUUUUGGCCACGUUGGGAUUCACUGAAGUUAAAGUUAUUAGGCGUCCCACUAUCGCUAUUGUAUCCACCGGGAACGAGCUUUGCAAUGCCGAUGAGCCUCUAAAACCAGGUCAAAUAUACGACAGUAAUAAACUGACAUUGUUGCUACUGCUGCAACGGUACGGUUACAAGGCACUCGACGCUGGAAUAGCUAAAGAUACGCCGGAUAGUGUGAAGUUCAUAUUAGAGAAAGCCUUUGAACAUAGUGAUUUCAUUAUAACGUCUGGUGGUGUAUCAAUGGGAGAAUAUGAUCUUCUGAAGCAAGUACUGAUUGAAGAUUUUAAUGGGACUCUUCACUUUGGACGGCUGAACAUGAAACCCGGGAAGCCGACUGUCUUUGUCACCCUGGAUUACAAAGGCAAAAGGAAGACGGUAUUUGCUCUGCCCGGCAACCCUGUAUCCUGUUGCGUGACGUCACUGCUGUUCGUCAUUCCCGCCCUGAAGCACUUGGAGGGCGAUAAGUUAUUCAAAGGGUGGCCCAAUAUCACUGUCAUUUUGGAAGAUGACAUAAUAAACAACGACGCCAGACCCGAAUACGUGCGACUGACAGUGUGGAAAGGAGUUAAUGGCCAAUUUUUAUCCAGGUCUACUGGCAAUCAAAUCAGCAGCAGGCUUAACAGCAUGGUGAACGCUAACGCAUUACUGCUCGUCCCUGGCAAAACGAAAUAUAAUAAAGCCUCAUCUCGGUUCGCUUUGCUUUUUGGAGAUCUGUUUUAGUACAGUCAAUCUGGCACUUUAACUCCAUUCAAAUUACCUUCGCUCUCAUACUUUGCCAGUCGUAAGUGGUCCUCUGGAAAGGCAUAAAUUCGAAAAUUCAUAUCCCCGCACGCCAUCGUUUUUGAGAAACUUAAAAAAAAUUGGAUCCGAUUUUCUGCCUGAACCGUAGGUCCCACUGAAAAUUGUGUGGAACAAAAAAUGAAGAGAAUUAAAUUUUCUACCAUUUCAUUUCUAAGUAACAGACCUCUAAAACCUACGGGGACAAAGUUAUAGGGUGCCAAAGUCACCCAAACGCAGUUUUUUGCAUUUUUUCGGGUGAAACCAUUUUUUUACUGUCGCAAAGUUUUUAAAAUUAACGAGCAUAAAAAAACCUACCAAAUUGAUAUGUAACUUUUUUACGUUUUACUGUUUACCAGAUAUAAAGGUGCGUCCACAAUGCUCGCGCUCUUGCUUCUGAUUGUGCUUGCGUUGCUUGCGCUUCCUGUUUGUCGUGUUUCUCAAGAUCUUUCGGCACGCAAGCAAUGGCGUUCACAUUGUAAUGUAGUGCUUGCGUUCGUACUAUUCGGACAUGGAUGAUAACGAAGUAUUUUUAAUAGCGGCUGCUAGUGCGAUCAUUAUUGCAAAACGAAGGAGACAAAGAGAAAAAAAGGCGGUGUUGGAUGUCUAAUAAUUUCAAAAACAAAUCCCAGAACAGUGAAAGUAAACUUCUACACGAUUUACAAACAGACAGAGUGUUUUUGAAUAAUUUUUAUCGGCAUGUCCGCUACUAAUUUUGAAAGACUUAUUAACUUAGUUGGCCCCCGUAUAGGAAGAAAAAAUACAACUUUUAAGAAGUGUAUUCUGAUUGAAGAAAGAGUUAAAGAAAGAUUGGCCAUAACAUUAAAAUUCCUUACAACUGAAGACUCACAUAUCAGCUUGGGUUUCCAAGCAAAGUAUUUCAAAAAUAGUACCGGGCGUAUGCCAAUAUAUAAAGUUCUCAAAUAUCAGAUUAAGAUAAGUAGGCAAUAUAAAUAUAGAGUUAUAUUUAAUUUUAUUAAAGGUAUAUUUAUAUAUAUAUUAAUCAGUUUAAAACGU